AGCUUGAAGCGGCUGUUGAUUUAAGAGUGGAGACAUAGCGCUGUUAUUGUACUUAGAGCGGGUGUCAGGAGAAGUUCAGCAGGACGCAGUCAGUCAGUCAGUACCUGUCAUAAUGAAGAGGGCUGUAGUGUUCGUUUUUGUAGCCUGCUGUGUUGUCUCAGCACUGUCACUGGCUGAAGACAAAAAGGAUUCCAAACCUCCUGCAACUGUGAGCCCUGCAGGAGCAUUUAGCACACAGACCCCCAAUACUACCACAACCACCAAGAACCCUACGACCACCACCCCCAAGACUACCACCACCAAGAAGCCUACAACCACCAACCCCAAGACUACCACCACCACCACCAAGAAGCCUACGACCACCAUCCCCAAGACUACCACCACCAAGAAGCCUAUGACCACCACCGUCAAGCCUACGACCACCACCCCCAAGACUACCACCACGAAGCCUACAACCACCACCCCCAAGACCACGACCACCACCACUAUGACUACAACCCCACUUCCUCCUCAACCUACUCCCUCUGCCAACUUGACUGGAGGAAACUACACCAUAAUGGAUAAAGAUAAAAAAGUGAUUUGCCUGAUGGCUCAGAUGGAGCUGCAGAUCCGACUGGCAACACUAAAGGCCAAUGGAACCUUCAUUGUUCAGCCAAAUAAGACCAAAGCAGAUGGAUUUUGUCUGGAAAUGAAAGCCAACCUUACCCUUGUCUUCAAAGAGGGCUUCAUAACCUUUAUGUUCAACAAGAGUGCUGAUGGUACUGGCUAUGUUAAUGCUCUGUCUUUCAACCUCGCCUACCCCCUCAGCAAAGACCGUUCCACAUACUCUGCCAACAACGAUUCACUGCAUCUCUUCCCUGCAAAGGCUGGACACUCCUACUCCUGCAAGAAAGAAUCACUUUACAUGGGGAAUGGACUGUGGCUUGAUGUCGAUAGAGACAGGAUGCAGGCCUUCAAUGUGUCCAAAAACCAUGAGUUUGGCAUUUCUGACUUUUGCCCCGCUGACCAGCCCGACUACCGCGUUGCCAUCGGGGUGGGAGUGACGUUGCUGGUGCUCAUUGUCAUCGUGGUGGUGGCCUACAUGCUGAGCCGCAGGAGGAGGAGCGAUGGCUACCAGUCUCUGUGAGGUGGGCCGGUCAGAGGUUGAUAAGAGGUCACCCAGAGGUCACUCCCAGUCUAAACCAAAGUCAGUAAGGCUGCAAAGCUCUUUCUCAAGGGCUAAAGAGCACUUCCCUGCAAAGCCUUACCUGCUCUGUCCUUUUAUGUCUUGGUUUACCUUAUUUGCUGAUUAAACCUUCUAACCUGACUAUUAAUGAUGAAAUUGAAUUUUAAAAUGGAGUCACAAAAUAUAAGUUUUACUUUUUGUCAUCCCAUUUACUUAUUUCUUUGUCUCUCAAACUCCAUCUCACAGUUUAUUCAUUUUUUGCUUUAAUAUUUAGAGUUGUGAUUGAUUUAACACUUCUCUAUUUCAUUUGAAGAAAUUUGAGCAGUGUGUCACCUAAAAGUAAAAGUCCAAGCCACAGAGCAGCUGAUGGAGUUCUGAUUGACCAACAAAUAACCUGGCCUUCAUCUGUCAGUUGACACACUGCUUAAACAAAAAAUAGAAAAAAACUAUGUAUUAGUAUAGGUAGACAUGUAGGUAAAUGUAAUAACAAAAAGUAAAAUUUAAAAACUUCACAGUUAAUUUGUAAUUUCAUUUUAAAAAUCAAUUCAUUAUUUAAAGAGACAACAAGGACACAAAAUUAUUAAUUGUACACUUGAAGGAUUUAUAUGUUUUUUAUUUUAGCAAUGCAUCAUGUAAAUGCAAAUUUAAUUAAUCAGUAGCUUUUGUAUUAUUAUUCCAGUGGCGCACUGCAGACCUCAUUCAUGUGGGUUUUGAGAAGCCAGUAGAAAACAACAUUUUUUAAAGAUUUAACAUGUCAGUAGUCAGUUUUUAUAUGACAAUUUUUAUUCCAGAGUUAUUCUCAAUAGGGUGGAAAAGCCUCCAAAUUAUUAUUUCUGUACUGAUACACUAAAAAUGAUGAUACUAAUAAUGACACAUCUAUAUAAACUGACAUCAUGUAUGUGGGUAUAAAAGCUGACCAAGAUGUUUCAUCAUAAUCAGUUCAGGGUUUUUUUCUACCGUUGAUAACAAAUGAAUUUGUGUUCAGUACUGUGGUAAUGAUGUGAUAUUAUAUUCAAAAAAGAGGCUAAUAUUGGUUCUUUUUUAUCAGUCUAACCCCACAUUAUACUCUCACUCAGCACUGGAAUCAUGAAUCCAUAAGUUACAUACUGCUUGUCUCAUCAAAAAUAGUCUAAAUUUUCCUCCAUUGAGUUGGCAUUAGGUGUCAAAUGUUUGUUAUUCUUCUGUUUUAAAAAAAUCAAAUCUUGUGUAUCCUGUCAUCCAGGGAUUUUAUUUUGAGAAGGAAGGGAAGUUAUCCAAUCACUAACUUUACAGGUGAUUAUACUGUGUGUUUUCAUUAUUAAAUAGCACAAAGGGGAAAAUUAGAAGGAUGUUCAUAAGGGAUUGUUUCCACUUUAUCAACAUUUAAUUGCACUGAUUGCUGUUCCAACUGAUUAACUUUGUCUUUUUAAUACCAGAUGUAGCUGACACUGUUUUUAUAGACAUGCAAGGAUGGAUCAUCCAUGUGGGUCAGUCUGAUACAGAUAAGAUUUUUAAUGGGUUAUACAUUUAUGACAUCUCAGGAGUCCAUCUCUAAUCCCCCACCAAGUCUCUGAUACACUUUUUACUGUGACAUUUUGGGAAAUAUCUGUAUUUGCUUUAUGCUAAGCUAAGCUAACUGUACCUUAGUUUUAGCCUUAUAUAUAACAGAUAGAUAUGAGAGCAGUAUUCAUCAUCUAACGCUAAACAAGAAAGCAAAUUAGCUGUUUCACAAAAUUUCGGAGUAGUCUUUUAAACAUUCAAAACUGACAACAGAGUACUGACUGUAUUGUACAUUAAUUGCCAAUGAGGGGGCAUAACAAAAAAAAGUGUCGAAAAAAACAGUCUCACCACAAUGUCCGUUUAGUAGCUGUCAAUCACAUCACAAGAUCUUCAUCAGUCUACAAAAUCAGUCAGUCUUAAAAUUCUCAUAAACAAGACAGCUACUAAACAAAUCUUGAACUUUGAAUCUCAAAUAUUAUGCUGCAUUCAGGUACCUGAUGGAAAUGGUAAAGUUUCAAUUUGAGCACACAAAUAUAAACAAAAUAAAUGUGCAAAGGGUCAGUUCAUCCGAAUUACAGAGAGACUCAUAGUUUCUCUUACCUCUAGUGGUGUGUAGUCAUAUAGGUGGUUUCAGUUAUAUGUGCUCAGGUUCUGAAAUGUCAGCUUCUGAAACUUCUGCUGCUCCUUCAGUUAAUUUUUGUUUGUGCUCCACAAACCACUGUAAAAUGUCAUCUAGGAAAAUGAAUAGUAGCUUGUUUUUUCAUAAUACAUAACAUAACAUACAUAGGCACCCAGCAUCAGCAAACAGAAGACAUCAGAGAGCACACAAAGACACAAACAAAAGCAAAACUAUAUGCAUAGUUAGAACCCAUAUGAGGAAAAUGAAAAUGAUUUUGCUUGUGUGAACUGGCUCUCCAUUAAUGAAUGCUCAGUGUGCUCAUGUAGUAAAGAGUGUCAUGGUGGGUGGAGCAGGCUUUCUGGAAGUGAUUGACUGGAAUCAAUCACUAACUGUGUAAAGUGACUGUCAGCUUCUGCAGUAGUUUUAAAGACGACAGUAGUUGCAGCAUAGCGUAGGUAGACUCAUUGAAAUGAUGAAGGAUCAGACCUGCAGCUCACUGCUGCAGUUCUAGAUUUUGUCCAACAGGUGAUGCUCUGAAGUUAGGGGGUGAACAGAAAUGAUGUAAAGUUAUCCACAGUCUGUGAGCACUUUUACCUGUAAACUUCCUUUGCCAAUAAAGAUUGAUAUAUUCUUAAA